AUGAGCACUACAAUCGAAGACGAUGAAAACCCCCCACUUCAAAACUCAAGGUUAUUUGGCCUGUUCAAAAAUCCUGAUCCUGGUUUCACUCAAACGGGAAUUUCUAUGUUCACAAACUUCAUUCUUACCAACAUGUUCGUAUAUGGAGUAACAGGACGUGCGAAGCUAGCUUAUGUACUCAGUAUGAUAUCCAUCCCUUGUUCUGUUGUUUUAAGUGUUCGAGAUUCGCAAAAAGAUUACGAAAAAUGGAAAGAAAUGCGGCUACUGAGACUGAAAGGCGUUCCAGAACGAUUCAUGCCGUACAAAUGCAAAUAUGACUGGUCGGACUAUGAUCUUCGAAAAAUUCGGGAGGAUAAGUAA